AUGUCCACGAUGUACUACCUCCUCGCGCUCACGCCCAUCCUCUUCCUCGCACUCUGGCACCUUACAUCCACGCUCACCCCACCACCCCCAGCCACACUGCGCAACAAGCGCAUCAUUCUUCUCAUCGCACACCCGGAUGAUGAGUCCAUGUUCUUCUCUCCGACUCUACAGUCCCUAACCCACCCCUCUUUACAAAAUCACGUCAAGAUCUUGUGUCUCAGCACCGGCAACGCCGACGGCCUCGGCGCCACCCGCAUCCGCGAACUCGAAGCUGCCGCCGUGACCCUCGGGCUACGUCGGCGCGAGGAUGUCUUCGUCAUGGACGACGAGCGCCGCUUCAAAGACGGCAUGACCGAGAAGUGGGACGACAAGGAAAUCGCGCGUGUGCUAGCCAGUGCGUUUGCGCCGCAGCUGAUCGCACCCGCCCCAGCCCCCCCAGCCGAGAAAGAGAAAGACACCAAGAAAGAAAAGAGCGGCGGCAAGAGCAAGAGCAAGAAAUCCGCUGCCACUAGCAAGCCGUCAACGCCGUCCCCAGCACCCACACCGCCCGCUGUGCCCGAAGGCCCCCGCGCCACCAUCGACGUACUAGUGACCUUCGAUCAGGCCGGCGUGUCCGGUCACCCCAACCACAUCGCGCUGCACGCCGGCGCCCUCACCUUCCUCCGCAACCUCAUGAAGGGCCACGCCGGCUAUGCGUGCCCCGUGUCGCUCUACACGCUCAGUUCCGUCAACAUUGCGCGCAAGUACAGCUUCGUGCUGGACGCGCUGCCGACGCUUGUGCAGGGCGUGCUGGGCGGCGGCGCCGGCAAGGGCAAGACCAAGGGCGAGCGCGUCAUGUUCAUGAGCGAUCUGGCCAGGUACUGGAAGGCGCGCGACGCCAUGGUCAGCGGCCACAAGAGCCAGAUGGUCUGGUUCCGCUGGGGGUGGAUCGGCGUGGGCCGCUACAUGGUCGUGAAUGAUCUGAAGAGGGAGGGGGUUGCUGGGUCGUGA